UUGAUUAGCACAAAUGACAUAAGCCCGAAAAGUCAGAGCUCGAUUGUUGGUACAGGUAUAGGAGCGUCGAGUGUAACUGGUGGGUCUGUGGCCGGGGCUAGUGCGCCAGGAGUUUGUGUGCAAAAACCGAAGGAGACGAGUGCUCAGCGACGAGCUCGUAGACUAAGAAAUCGCAAAUCAGAACGUGAAACGGAUGGUGGCGAUGAGAGGUUGUUGAACAUGACUGGAACAGCCGCAAAUGCAUCACUGACGAAUAAUGCAGCUGAUGAGUUGUUGAUGAAUUUGAGUAUGGAUUUGAAUUUGAAUCUGAGUACGAUCAUACCGACAGAAACACAAUUUCACUUACAAUUAUCACCACAAACAUCACACAUAAAUACGAACAGUUUGUUGAUCGAUCAAACGCCGUUUUCUCCUCGUGGUGAUGAACCAAUGAUUCAGCUGUGUGAGGCAUGGAGCAAUUUUAAGCUGGACGUAUCAAGACUAUUCGUGGAAGUCGCAUGA